AUGAAUAGAAGACGGGCCAAUUACGCUGCCAAAGCGGAAGCCAAAGGUUCAAAAUCGCCUGAUUCAGAAAAACCAUCUUCGAGUGCUAACCUUCCGUUCGCUUCUGAUUUUGCAUUACACCCUGCUAAAGUUCUAGAUCUCUUUUUAGAGAACUUCAAAUAUGUCCUAGCUGCAGAUGAUCUUCAAGAAAAUAUUCAACGAGUCAAAAGUGACCUUUACAACCGUGACUACCUUGCUGCAUUUGACUGUGAUGAUAAGAGGUUUGCCUAUGUAGCCAGAUGGUCGCCAGCUAGGGCUUUGGCAUACGCAUCCCUCUUCUCAUCUCUCGAGCCCCUUCGAAAUCUCCUUGCUGACCCAAACAAGGAAACUAAAGCAUUAUGUAUUGGAGGAGGCGCCGCAUCGGAAUUGGUUGCUUUGGGGUCAGUGUUUGCCUGUUUAAAGCGGCCCAAUGCCGAUACGCCUUCCAACUUGCAUCUAGACGUCAUUGAUAUUGCCGACUGGUCAAGAGUGGUCAAGAACUUGACUACACACAUGCAAUCCCAAUGGUUUUACAACCACGAGAAGCUUAGCAGCAACUUUGUCCACGGUGACGUUCUUACACAAGAGGCGGCAUCUCUUCGCCUUCCUGAGUUGGACUUUGUCACACUUCUUUUCACCACCAACGAGCUCUUUUGUGAAAAGAAGACCGAAACCAUCAAAUUCUUGCAUUCAUUGAGCUCUAAUUGUCAUAAAGGUGCCUUGCUCCUCAUUGCCGAGAGUGCGGGAUCUUACUCACACAUCACUGUGGGAUCCAAAAAGUUUCCUGUUCAAUUUCUUGCCUGGGCAGGAUGA